AUGCAAUCUCCUUUCUUCUUAUUCUCCCUCUUCUUCUCCUUGACACAGAUUUUUCUCUAUUAUGAUUCUGUUGAUGGUGGAAAUGCUGUGAUUGUGAAAAACAUCACCGUUGAUAAGUCUCGGCAUGGAGACUUCAUGACCAUUCAAGAUGCCAUUGAUUCAGUUCCUGAUGGCAAUAGGCAAUGGAUCAGAAUUCACAUGUUUCUCUAUUAUGAUUUUGUUGAUGGAUAUGCUGUGAUUGUUAAAAACAUCACUGUUGAUCAGUCUGGGCAUGGAGAAUUCACAACCAUUCAAGGUGCCAUUGAUUCAAUUCCUGAUUACAAUACACAAUGGAUAAGAAUUCAUGUUGUAGCAGGAAUCUAUAGGGAAAAGGCCUUCAUACCCUACCAAAAAGAGUAUAUCUUGAUAGAAGGGGAAGGGAGCCAACAGACAUCAAUUGAGUGGGAUGAGGCUGUUUCCCCUGAUUUGGUUAAUUUGAAUAUCACUCACUCAAAUUCUGUACUUGCUGGAGGAAUGGAAGGUGCUACUUUCAGUAUCUUAGCAAAUAAUUUUGUCAUCAGAGAUAUUGCAUUUAAGAACACAUAUGACCACAUCAAAUAUGGAAGCAAGCAGGCAUUAGCAGUAUAUGUAUCAGGAGACAAAGGCUCCUUUUACCGGUGUGCAUUCUUUAGCUACCAAGAUACCUUGUGUGAUUUCACAGGCCGACACUACUUCUCUGAUUGCUGGAUUGAAGGUGCUAUUGACUUUAUCUUUGGAUUGGGCCAAUCUAUCUACAUGAGGUCCACUUUGCAUUCGAUCAAGGAGGGGUCACAACCAGGAUGGUUAACGGCGCAUGCCAAGACUAAACUCGACGCGCCGGGUGGCUUUGUGUUCAAGUAUUGCACCGUGGAAGGGGGCAAGACGUUUUUAGGAAGAGCAUGGAAUUCUUACUCUACCGUGAUUUUCUAUAAUACGUAUAUGGCAGACAAUAUUAUGCCUGAGGGUUGGGAUGCUUGGAAAACUGGAAAUAAUGCGUACCAAACAACAUAUGCAGAGGAUGGUUGCAGCGGGCCGGGUUCAAAUACUGCAAAUAGAGUGAACUGGGAAAAGAAGCUUAGUAACAGGCAAUUGAAGUAUUAUACUAGCAACAACUUCAUUGACAGGGAAGGCUGGCGGUCUCAACAACCCUAACCAGAUAUUCUCAUGUCCUUUCUGAUCUUGUCGAUGCUUGUUGCUUUGAUUUGUGCCAUGGGAUGAAUAAAAUCAACCCUUCAUCAUGAGGAGUCCACAUGAUAUUAACUUGUUUCAUUGGCUCAAGCCUACACUUGAGCUGCUUAUUAUAUGUCUAAAAUUCUUUUGUAUGAUAACUUGUAAUAAC